AUGCAGGCCGAAUCGUCUCAUCCUCCCCGCACUGCUUUGGCUGCAAGCGGCAUCGUUCCGAUACAGUCCACAUCACCAUACUUGGCAGCAGCUCCACCAGGUCUCUUUGCUUCGCCUCCCGUUGCUCAGUCGCCUCUAUUUGAUCCAGCAUCCCAGGGCCAACAGCAGCAACAGCAACAGCAACAGCAACAACAUAACCAACACAUCCACCAUCAACCGCAGCCACCACCGCCAUUGCAGCAUUCCAAUCUCAUUGCUGCAAACGGCGCUUUCCAGCAUCCAGCAGCACGCGGCUUCCACUCAAUCGUGCAUGAUCCAUCUGGCCCUUCGAAUGAAGCUGCUUUCCGCGUACCCGACGUCCCACGUACUGCACCUGUGAUCGACUACGGCAAUCCAUACCAGCAGCAGCUCGACUCACAUAUCCACUUGCAGCAGCAGCACCAUCCGCAUCCAGUCCCGUACCAUCCAAGCCUCUACGCUUCGACAUCCUACUCCUCGCUUGCAGGCUCAAGUCCCGUACCCGACUUUCCAUCUGGCUUCCCCUCGCACAGCGCAUACACACAUUCAGAUUUGGGCACGAUGCCGCCGAAUCCGAUGAUGCGAUACAACUCCUUCGCCAUGUCUGGCGAUGCGUCCUCCAGCGGAACGCCAGGGCCUAUGACACAGCAGGACAUCGACAACUUACUUGCCAUGUCUCGUGCACAGGCAGGCAACCACGGUGAUGCCAGUGCCUUCCCUUGCACGUACUGUGACAAGGUCUACACCGGCAAACACGCUCGUAGUAUCUGGCGUCGCCAUCUUCAGGACAAGCACAACAUUCCUCUCAGCGCACAACCCCGUCGAACUCGAUGGGAUGGCGAUGUCAACCGACCCAAGAAUGCCGAAGAGCGCCGCGCACGUAUGCUCGAAAGCAAGCGUAGAUGGGCGAGAAAGAAGCGUUUACAAGAGAAACAGGCGGCCCAGGCGGGAAAGUCUGGUAGCAACACGCCUAACCUCGAAGACACUGAUGACGAGGGUGAUGACGGGGAUGAUGGAGCUGAUGCUGACAUUUCCGGCAUGUCGAUGAGCUUCCCUCAAGGUGGAAAUGGGGAUGGCGGCGAUGACACUUUCUCAAUGCCAACGCCGGCCGAAGCUCAUAGGAGAGCCUCGCUCAAGGCAGAGUCGAUUGCACACUGGGAGACUUCGCAUCAGACGUUUGCAUCCCAAGGCCCAGCCAAGCGACAAGCAUUGGCUCCUUCAACCGCAUCCAAUGUUGCGGGUCCUAGCACAACGCCUUCGCAGUAUCCUACCGCGUUGCCAUUGAUGAGUGGUGGCGCCUUUGUCGCACAAGAGCUUGCAGCAGCCAGCGGCGGCAUGUACUCUAGCUCGCCCAUGCGUCGUCUUGGUCUCUCCAUCGCACUCCCACAACCUCACCAACAACAGCAAGGGAUGGGUCCGACAAUGCUCUCCAACCCCAACGAAAGCUUUAGCUCCAACAGCAGCGAGUACUCGCAACCCGGCUCGGCCAGCUUCUUCAACGACAGCUUUGGAGGCAACAUGAGCAACUCCGGUAGCGAGACUGCCAACACUUCAAUUGAUACUCCUGCGACGACUUGGCCUGCUCUACCUCCUAUCGAUGGCGACAAGGUUGCAGCUGCGAUGCAAGGUCAACCUCGUGUGCAGCCAAGGGGUGACAAGGACGCUGCUAUCCAGCUGCUGGCUCUUCGAUCUGGGUCGAAUUCGCCUGCGGACGACAGGAAGAUGAGUCUGAAGCGAAGAGAAAGCGAUGGAGAUGCACCUUGGUCCUCGACGCCUAGUCGCGGAAAAGCUGCUUCCGAGCACGCCGCUCUUACUGCUUUGUCUAGCUCAACAGCGGCAGAGAUCACGGGCAGGAAGAACGACGAAGUGAUCGGUGGGUUGAGCCCUUCGCCUGUUUCCCGGACGCUGGCGUCUGGCGCGGGAUCGACGUCGGCAGUUCGAGUGAUGCCAAUUUCCACACCAGGACCUUCCUCUCGUUCGGGUGAAAACCCUUUCAGUCUCGACAAACACAAGAUCUCGCCCUACGAAGGUCGUCGAAAGCUCAGCUACUCUGGUGCUCCCGCUUCUCCGAUUGCUUCGCCGACGCAUAUCACUUUCGUAAACAGUGGAAUCGGUGGUGGCAUUGGUAUGGGCAAAAGUGUCUCCUCUACUUCUACUUCGACUGGUCCACUUGGGGUUAAGCUUCCUCCUCUUGUCAGUACGCCUAUCCGACCUUCUUCGCAGACCGAGGGUACUGAAAUGGGUAUGGAGAGAAUCAAGAUGGACUCUUUGCCGCCAUUGCUCGGUUCAGCAAGCAAGAAGUUGGGCGGCGGUGCGGGAGUGAGUGCGCCGAUGAUGUCGACUCCUUUCUCCAAGCCUAUGAUGUCGAAUCUUGGGUAUUCGGCGAUGCGACGUGGUGAUUGCAACUCCACCAUGGGUGCCACUUCUGCCAUGCACCAUGACGGGUCAAUGGCGAACUCAGUCCGUCCUUCACCAUCUCGUCACCACUCCAACGACCAAUUCUCCUCGCCUCAACAUCUCAACCUCACCGAAUCUUUGGGUUUGGCCCCACACUCGAUCUCACGCACUUCGUCCUACGCAUCGGCAUGCUACGCUUCAUCGUUAGGGUUGACCCCCAGUGUAGCCGGAAUGUCAGGUGGCCUUAUUGUUGGGGCAAGUGGCACGCCGUUCCAUUCUGGACUUGGUGCCUUGAGUGGCUUAGGUGGCUUUACUCCGCUUUCCACCGCCAAAGUGGGUGGUAGUGGAGUUGUUUUCUGGCCUGACAGCACUAGGAAGUCGGCCAUGAAAGGGUCUCCUACCGUGUACAAGUCUCACUCUCAGGCGGAGGGAUCGAUGAGGAAGAGCGCAAAGAGGAAAUUCUCUACUCUCAGUCGCGCCGCUGCGGCUUGCUCCAAGUCUCGCACUGCUUCUCCAGUUCUGGCUGCGGGCAAAGGCGACAUCUUCGACGCGGACUACAGGAAGAAUGUUUCUGCCGCAGGUGGACCCAGUAGCGAUGACACGUUUAGUGACGAUGACGAUGUGGAAAACCUCAUGUCCAUUGGCGCACUAGAUACACCCUCUAGGCCUGCGGCGAUGAGGAAGUUACCCAGAACCAGUAGUAGUGGUAGUCACAAGCUCGCACCUGCACCCACUACACCGGCUAGGAACGCAGAGAGAGCGAUUGUGGUCCAGAGGUCUCCGUUGGGAGUGAUUAAGAUCAAUUACUAA